AUGGCUCAACCAAAGUUCUCCCACGACAAAACCACCAUGAGCAACAUUCUCAAGGACGGAAAUGGCAAUUUCCUCCGCAGAGCCGAGUGGUACUGGAUUGCUAGCCGAAUCAACUGCAUCUGUGACAGCCUGUCCGGCCUCCUUAUUCACAGUACUAUUACUGCUCCUGAGAGCCUUGAAGAUGACAACUGGCUAACAAAGGGUUUAGUUCAGGAGGAGGCACAGAUGGACAGUGUCAGCGGCCUCCUUGCUAUUGAAGGAGUUGCUCCAUCUACCCGUACACAAGACAUAUACGCGAAGCUCACGGAUCCAGAGGGUAGCGGACUGCAUUUUGUGCGCACACAGGCAAUGAUCGAAGGUGCUGGACUACUCGAUACACAAGGGAAAAAGAUCCUAUAUCCUUUCACCAACCCCACCUUCAAGGCCGCGGACAGCUUGUUCCUUUUCACCUGUGGCAUGGAGGCGAAUCAGUUGGAAUGGUGGCUGCCGGAUGGGCAGUUCAUUCACUCAGACCGUCCGCUUCGCUCUACUCAAGCUGCCGAUUUGUUUGCCAAGGUUAUGCGUUGGGGCCAGAUGGCCACCGCUCAUGAUCCUGCUCUCAUCCCUGAGCUGCAAGGUCUGUUUGCACAGAUCAAUGCACUCGAAGACGACCACGAAGGCUUCGUUGCUGCCCUUCAAGACCAAGUCCGUCGUCGCGAGCUCGAUCUUCUUCAAAUCUACCUGAAGAGCCAUCCGCACGCCACAGUGCCGGCCGAGCUGCAAGCAGAGCUCGACAAACUCCCCGGCGGGCCUGCGCGUGAGGCGGAGGUGCGGCGGAGGUUGGCGUAUAUACGCUUCACGGAGGGAAUCCCGCAACACGCGGAUGAGCCGCGCGGGACCGCCGCGGAGGAUCCGCGCGGGGGACCCGCGGCUUCGUCUUCGAAUGCGAAAGGUAAAGAACGUCAGGAUGAUUAG